UCUACUCAUCGAGCAGCCAGCACCCAACCCAGAAGAGAUAGCAUAGAAGAGAUAGACGAACUGCCUUCACCUUACAGAUGACAGUGCGACUUACCGCUGAAAACGCAGGUUUGGUCUAGGUUCGGUUCGGAGGAGAUGAGAAGAAAAUUGCUGUAGACUGGCGAGCCUGCUUUAUCAUGCACUACACUAUCAGCUCACAAAGUGAUCCCCAAAAUGUUCAUCGGUUACAGAUCUGUAUAAGCUGCUUGCCCUCCGUCGGUCGUCGAGGUUAAACUUGAAGUGUACACUUGAUAUCCCCAGAGGUGUGCACUAUGCUAACAAGAUGAUGUGUGAAGUAAGGUUAGGCAAAGGUUUGGGAACAAAAGUUCCUCCUUGUUGACCUCGUGGAGACACUCGAUGUACAGUGAAGAGGUUUUGAAUGUACAAAGAGUAGGAACCGAUUUCAGUCAUGAUUGAUUUCUGUCUCCUGAAGCCUGGAAGCGCUUUAUAGCAUCUGCCAGAACAUCAGUGUUCUCAGAUAUUACAGAUGAUUUGGCUAUGGUGGAUUAAAGCCUGCUGGCACAUCAAAUUCUGCAGCGGAAGCAAGAGAUAGCGAAGAAUGACGCAGGUCUAGGGGUUUCCGGUCGUGAGAUUCAGAGAGCUUCAAUUUAACUUACCUCCAGAAUUGGACAGCGAGAAAUCACGUUGUAACGCAGCCAAUGAAGAAUAUGAGUAGCGUACAUUUGAGCCUACUGUCUGAGUCGUUGGCUGUGGUAGCAGCACACUCCAUCAGCCAGCCCAUUUACAGGGGAACACUUACUUUUACAUUGAUAGCAUGGCGUCUUUGUGUCGAGGGAAUCGUUUCGGUGAAAUACUUCAAAAAUGUCAACGAACUUAGCGUCACGGUGAUCGCCGAUCACUCAACUUGCCAUGGCAUUGCCCAACUUGUAAGGUACUCAGGGAGAGCAGAGCAGAAGCUUGACAGCCGCCGAUGCUGACUACUGCAUUGUUGUGUUCUCUUCUCACUUCGUUCAGUACUCAGUCAAGCUAUGGUGCACUUGCAGCUCACGUAAUCCACUUCUCUACUACUUGUCGGAUGAUUGACCAAGAUGGGCAGUAUUCUAAGAUGUCGUUGCAUGAAACAUCAUGGACUUUGGACACUCCGUAGGUACAUAGUUGCUUGCCCCGAGACACUUCUGGUAGCAGCCAAUACUUGAUCUGAUUUGUCAAGCUUUCCCAUCUUGUUCGCUUUUGCCAGAGACAUCUCCUAUCGGUGUAUUGUAAUUUAUAAACGAUUGAGCAGUGAUGCCUUUCAAGG